AUGCCUGAGUUCGACAAAAGCAAAGCGUACUCCCAGCAGGAGAAGGUCUUCUUCGAUGACGGCCGCGAGGUAGAGCUUCUUCAUUAUGUCUACGGCAAGGACAAUCUCGAGGAAAUCCGCGGCAGCCCUGAGAAAGUCCUGGCAGCAAUCGAUGAAUUCGGCCGUACCAAAAAGUAUCUGAUGAACGUUGGCGAGGACAAAGGCAAGAUCGUCGAGCUCGGUGGAUACAUUGGCUAUUCCUGCCUACUCUUCGGUAAUGCUGUUAGAAAAGCUGGCGGCAAGCGCUAUUACAGCUUAGAACGCAAUCCAGAGUUCGGUGCAGUCAUCUCUUCUCUCGCAGACCUAGCAGGAUUGAGCGAUGUGGUAAAAGUCAUCAUUGGCUCCAGUGACGCCUCCUUGAAGAGACUGCACGACAACGGCACUCUUAAGCACAUUGAUCUGAUGUUCCUGGAUCACUACAAGCCAGCCUACAAGACUGACUUGAAGCUUUGCGAAGAGCUGAAGCUGAUCUCGCCGGGUUCAGUCUUGGCUGCCGACAACGUGAUCUCGCCGGGUAACCCAUCAUACCUGGAGUAUGUGCGAGCGAGCCCGCAGCAGAAGAAGGAGUGGACGCAACAGGCCAACGGCCAGGGCGCGCCUGACGUGAGGUUCCAGGACAAGACAGUCCAGCAAUAUGCAAAUCGUGGCGAGUCGACCGCACUCAAUGCGAGCCUUGGCACCCCAGGGCUGGUGUACGACAGCAAGUUGGUACAUAGCUUCGAGCCGACUGGUGAUCCUGACGGUAUUGAGAUCUCGAGAUGCACAGGCGAAGAGUAA